UUAAGUUUUGAUAAAGAAAAAGUCUGGUUAAAUGUGGAUGGUUUUGAUAACCUAAUUGAUAAGACUAAGCCCGAAGAAUUGGACCAAGCCAAGGACAACCAAGAAAAAUUACAAAAGGCGAUUGAGAAAGUUGAAAAGUUAAAUCAAGACAUUUUAGAUAAAAAUAAAGACUUAGAAAAUAGUUUAAAAGAAGCCAAAAAGCGAUUAAAUGAUUUAAAAAAACAAACUUCUUCUGAUAAAGACCAUGCUAAUUUUGCCGAAAAAGGUCAGGAUAUUGUUUGUGCGGCUAUUUCCGCCAUUACUAACGGCACGGUUAACUUUUUCCAACUUUAUUAUAAAGACGACUGUAAAAUAACUUAUUUGCCAGCCGAAAUAAGCAUUUAUCCUCAAAAUGACAACCCCGAAUGUCAAUUAUGCUUGCGGUUAAUGCUCUAUCAAUUGGAAAACAUUGCUAAUUCUUACCCAGAUUAUUUAAAAAUUCAUGACACAACUAACCUCUAA